CCCAUCCAAAUGAGAAGGGUGCUGUUUACAUAUUCUAAUAUGGACAGAGAUUUCUUCUGCCAUCAGAUGUCUUUCUGCUUGACUGAACUGCACCUGUGGUCUUUGAAGAAUACCUUACACAUUGGAGAUAGAGACAUAGGGAUCUAUCAGUAUUAUGAUAAGAAAGACCCACCAGUAUCAGUGACAGAGCAUGGUAACUUAGCAGAAAAGCAGAAACUGGCAGAAUCACGAGAUUAUCUGUGGACACUCAAAAAUAGACGCCCAGAGAAACUUCGAGACUCACUCAAGGAGUUGGAGGAAUUGAUGCAAAACAGUCACUGUGUGCUGAGCAAAUGGAAGAACAAAUAUGUCUGUCAGCUCCUCUUUGGUUCAGGUGUGCUGGUGUCCCUAAGCCUCUCUGGGCCACAGCUGGAAAAAGUGGUGAUUGACAAAAGCCUGGUGGGGAAGCUCAUCUCAGACUCCAUCAGUGAUGCUCUUCUCACAGACAACUUCAUCAUCUUGUCAUUUUUGGCACAAAAUAAACUAUGUUUUAUUCAGUUUACCAAGAAGAUGGUGUCUCCUGAUACAAACAAAAGACUGGAAAAACUCUCAGCCUUGGAUUAUAAGAUUUCCUAUUAUGAGAUACCUGGCCCAGUAAACAGGACAACAGAGCGUCGUCUUGCUAUCAAUUGUGUUCAGGAUAUAGUUGCUUGCUGGUGGCCACUGGUCAGUGAUGAUGCUUGGCCUUGGGCUCCCAUUUCUCCUGAGAAGGACAGAGCCAAUCUGCUGCUCCUAGGUUAUGCUGAAGGAAGACUAGAGGUCCUGAGUUGUGUCCGCACAGAAUGGGAUCUACUGGAUGUUCGCUUUGGCACCAAACAGCCUUAUCAGGUGUUGACAGUGGAGAACUCCAUCAGUGUAGACAAAGAGCCCAUGGCUGACAGCUGCAUCUAUGAAUGCGUUCGGAACAAAAUCCAAUGUAUAUCAGUAACUAGAAUACCUAGAUCAAAGGCCAUUAGCUGCUGCAGGAAUAUUACCGAAGACAAACUAAUUCUGGGCUGUGAAGAUUCUUCAGUAAUUCUGUAUGAAACUCACCGUAGAGUAACUCUCUUAGCCCAGGCUGCUUUGCCUUCAUUAAUAAGUUGCCACCCAAGUGGUGCCAUUCUACUAGUUGGCAGCAACCAAGGGGAACUGCAGAUUUUUGAUAUGGCUUUAUCCCCUAUUAACAUCCAGCUCCUGGCUGAAGACCGCUCACCCAGGGAGACUCUGCAGUUCAAUAAAUUCUUUGACAUUUCCAGCAGUCUUGUUCAAAUGCAGUGGAUAGCUCCUCAGGUGGUUUCUCAGAAGCCAGAACGUGGGGACAUCUAUGAUCUCCUUUUCCUCAGGUUUGACAGAGGACCUUUGGGUGCACUUUUGUUUAAACUUGGAGCAUUUACGAGGGGACAGCUAGGCCUGACAGACAUCAUAUCGUAUAUUCAUUGUGAGGAGAUCUGUGAGGCAAUAAACAUCCUGAGCAGUAUGGACUGGGACACUCUGGGCCACCAGUGCUUAUCAGCAUGAGUGCAUUGUAACCAUCUUCUUAGACAAAAGCUCACUCCAGAGAGAGAAGCACAGCUUGAGGCAAGCCUUGGAACCUUUUAUGCUCCAACAAGACCACUCCUGGAUACAACUAUAUUGGAAUAUAGAGACGAAAUCAGCCAAUAUGCAAGAAGAUUCUUUCAUCACUUGCUCAGGUACCAGAGAUUUGAAAAGGCAUUUCUGUUAGCUGUUGACAUUGGUGCUCGCGACCUGUUUAUGGAUAUCCAUUACUUUGCACUAGAUAAGGGUGAAUUGGCACUAGCUGAAGUGGCAAGAAAAAGAGCUAGUGACAUUGAUGCAGAAUCAAUAACCUCUGGAGUUGAACUCCUGGGGCCUUUGGACAGAGGAGAUAUGCUAAAUGAAGCUUUUGUUGGCCUGUCUAUAGCUUCUCAAGAAGACACAUUUCCAGAUAACCUUCCUCCCUUUUGUUCAAUCCAGAAACAUAUUAUUCAACAAAGAACACCAAAUGUCUUCUCUAAUAGACAAGUACUGGACAGAAGAAAUGAACUUGAAAAAGACACCUGUGCCGAAUCUUUGAGGACUAAGACCUGUAAUGAAGAAGGAAACCGGAGAUGGUGGUUCUCUCAGAAUGGUUCACUUUGGUUUGGUGUAAACAAUAAAAAAACUUUAUUUUUACUUAAAAAACAACACCUUUAUUUUUCACAUCUAAACUUUUUCAUGGCCUAAUACAGAUUAGAAUCUCCCUGUACAGAUUAAAAAGGAAAAAGAUAGUAUGAAUUAGUUGAGUUUUAAAUUCAGAAUAUUCUCAAAGUGAGCUUUUAUUAGUUUCAAAAACAUGUAGCAUAACAGCAGUGAUCCUAAGUAAAAGUCCUUAAUUUAUUUUCAAUAAUGUAAAAUUUUCAAAGUUUCUUAAAUUGUACAUUAGUGCUUAAAAAGUAAAAUAUUUAAAUCUGGUUCUCCAAGUAUUUUAAACAUUUCUUGUGAUCUUGUUUACAUUAUUAAUUUGCAUAAUGAAUAAGAUAUUUAUUAAGCAAAAAUUUCCCAUUAUUGGGAGACAACUGUCUAUGGGUCUGUUGAAUUAUUGCUAUGAGGGAAAGAAUGUCCCUUGGGGCCUGAUACCAUCCCUGGAGCAUAGGUCAGGCAUGCUUACUGCCCAGUGGAAAAGUUUUAUUUUCUUUUUUGGUAAAAAUUUUAUUGCUAAGUAAUUAUGCCCAACAUUGGGCCCAAACUUGGGCCCCUAAGAUCAAGAGUGACAUGCUCCACUGACCAAGCCAACCAGGCUCCCCAUCCAUUUGAAAAGAUUUAAAGUUCCCAAGCUCAGUGAUCCUAUCCACUGAGUGUGCAGGUAUCAUCUGACCCUCUUUAUAUCACCCCAUGGGAAUGGGCUUUGGACACAAUGCCCCCACCAAAGGCGGACACUCCAGCUACUAUUACUAUGAAUAAUAAACUGUCUUUUGUUUCUGACUCUGGAGUCUCAUGUCUUCUACCAGCAUGAAACUGUUGCUUGUUAACUUCUUAGCUUACAAAGAGGGUAAAAAUCUUAAACCCUUCACAGUUCUUGACACCAAUUCAUUAACAGAUAGCAUAUAUUUUACAACAGUAAAUGUCUAUAAUAAUCAGCGUCUUUUUCAAAUGUCAUACAUGAAGUAAAUUAUGUACUUAAAAGUUAUAGUUAAAAGUUAGAUUGAAGGCUUUUAUACUUCAGGUUUUUCUCCCUGCUUCCUAUUCAUCUGUACUUCUACCAGACGGUAUGACGAUGAAAGGAAGUAAAACUCAAAUUAGAUUUUUCAGUUUGCUAUUGCUCUGGAAAAGAUUUAGUAAUACAUGGUAUGUGAGCCAUACUAAAAAGAGAUGUAGAGUUACCAGCAAAUUUUCGUUUUAUUAUCCCCAUCGUUCUUUAUCACAAUAAUCAAAAGUUAACUAAUGUUUUUAAAGAAAAAAUUGUAUUGAGAAAGAUACAGUUCUUUCAUGGUUGCAAACAUUUUCUCCAGAUUUUCUAAUAAAUAGUCAUUAACCAAAAAUAUAAACCACAUUUCCUGAUCUACCAUAUCCUUUUAUUCAUUUCACCACUGUCUUCUACAACGAUGUGAGAGACUGGUAGAAAAGUUCAGUUUUAUUUCUAGGUCCUAUUUGAGUAGAUAUAGUCUAUGCUAAAUAGAUAUAGUCAAUGCAAAAAAAGUGAAAAUUUAAAUGAGACAUUAAGAUAAAAUACACAUAUAAAUACAACUAUUUUGUCCUACAUAAUUAUAAUGAUGUUAAGUUUCCCAGUUACCUAAAUGAAAACUAAACAAUUUUAAUUCUUAGAUAAAUUGCCCAUUCCCCCCCCUUUCACAUGCCUCUGGAAAAAUUAAAUAUAUAUAAAACCAAGUCUAGACAGUAAAAGAAUAUAUUAUACAAGAGAUCCUUGACAACAUCCAUCUAUAAAUGUUGUGUUUUCCCAAUGCUGUGAACCCAAGGAUGUUUACUAAUUAAUUAUUCCAAUAAGUUAAUCUUCCUGAUCUGCUACCACCACAGCUCUAAAGUGAAAAUAGUGGCACAGACAAGGACAACCAGGUAGCACCUGUGCACUGAGAGGUUCAGUUUCUCACUCAGGAAUGGAUCUAUAAGAUUUUCUAUUCUUCAAAAUUC